CCUCCGGGUUUUUUUUCUGGUGGGGGAGGGGGCACGUCUCGGCGAGUCACGGUGAUGGCGGCCACCAUCCUGUGGUGAGGUAGCGAGCUCUCUGCGGCUUUCGGGGAGUCCCUCGCGCCUCCUGCGGGCCCGGUGGCUGGCGCGUGAGGGAGCACCGCGGGGCCGAGCUUACGGGGAAGGCCGCUGGAGCGGCUGCGCAGCCGAGAGCGGGGAACCAGGGGACCCGGGGCGAGCGAGACUCGGGGCGAAUGUGACAAGCCCCCCAACCCCCACUGCCUUCCUCCCGAGAGCGCGAGGAUCGUGGCCACCCCCGGGGCGACCAGGCCCCGGCAUAGGCACCAUGCAGGUCACCCUGAAGACCCUUCAGCAGCAGACCUUCAAGAUCGACAUCGACCCGGAGGAGACGGUAAAGGCAUUGAAAGAGAAGAUUGAAUCUGAAAAGGGAAAAGAUGCCUUUCCAGUAGCAGGUCAGAAGUUAAUCUAUGCAGGUAAAAUCCUCAGUGAUGAUACCGCUCUCAAAGAAUACAAAAUCGAUGAGAAAAACUUUGUGGUGGUUAUGGUGACAAAACCCAAAGCAGUGACAACACCAGUGCCAGCUACAACUCAGCAGUCAAGUACUCCCACCACUACUGCAGUUAGCUCUACCACAGCAGCCGUGGCGGCUCAAGCUCCAACUCCUACCCCUGCUUUGGCUCCCACUCCCACACCUGCAUCUACUACUCCAGCCUCAACUACAGCAUCUUCUGAACCUGCACCUGCUAGUGCAACUCAGCCUGAGAAACCUGCAGAAAAGCCAGCACAGACACCAGUGGCUACCAGCCCUGCACCAGCUGACAGUACACCAGGAGAUUCUUCCCGGUCAAAUCUUUUUGAGGAUGCAACAAGUGCCCUUGUGACUGGUCAGUCUUACGAGAAUAUGGUAACGGAGAUCAUGUCAAUGGGCUAUGAACGAGAGCAAGUAAUUGCAGCCCUGAGAGCCAGUUUCAACAACCCUGACAGAGCUGUGGAAUAUCUUCUAAUGGGAAUCCCAGGAGAUAGAGAAAGUCAGGCUGUGGUUGAUCCUUCUCCCCAGGCAGCAAGUACUGGAACUCCUCAGUCUCCAGCAGUAGCUGCAGCUGCAGCGACCACAACAGCAACAACAACAACAACAAGUUCUGGAGGGCACCCACUUGAAUUUUUACGGAAUCAGCCUCAGUUUCAGCAGAUGCGACAAAUUAUCCAGCAGAAUCCGUCUCUGCUUCCAGCUCUGCUGCAGCAGAUAGGUCGGGAGAACCCACAGUUGCUGCAGCAAAUUAGCCAACACCAGGAGCAUUUUAUUCAGAUGCUAAAUGAACCAGUUCAGGAAGCUGGUACUCAAGGUGGAGGAGGAGGUGGAGGAGGAGGUGGUGGAGGAGGAGGAGGAGGAAUUGCAGAAGCUGGAAGUGGGCACAUGAACUACAUCCAAGUAACACCUCAGGAAAAAGAAGCUAUAGAACGGUUAAAGGCAUUAGGAUUUCCUGAAGGACUUGUGAUUCAAGCAUAUUUUGCUUGUGAGAAGAAUGAGAAUUUGGCUGCCAACUUUCUUCUACAGCAAAACUUUGAUGAAGACUGAAGGGACUCUUUUGUACCUCACACUCACACCAGUGCAUUACACUAAACUUGUUCACUGGAUUGUCUGGGGUGACUUGGGCUCAUAUCCACAAUAUUUGGUAUAUGGUAGUAGGUUGGUGGGGGUGGGAGGGAGGGAGCUAGGAUUUAGGGCAGGGAUACAUACAGUGCAUGUCUGCUUCAAUUAGCAGAUGCUGCAGAUCCACACAGUGUAAAAUACUAUUCAACCAAACAUCCACCGUUACAGGUCUUUAUUCUUCUAAGCAGUAGGUAACUUUUCCUGGGUUUCAUUGUUUCUAGUGUACUAGAUCCAAAAAUUUAGUGUGAUGCCCUGCUUUAUCUUUCCUUUGACUUAACCUUGGUUUCUGAAAGAAUCUUUGCUACCUAGAAUCUACAGUCUGUUUUAUGGCAACACUGGAUAAUGGCUUUUUGAAAUUGAAAAGGAAAAAAAACCUAAUUGCGGCAUCUAUAAACAGAAAUGCCAAAUUAUUGAUGGUCAUCGUUGCUGCUUCACAUAAAUAUGAAAUUGGUGCAAAGGAAGCCGUUCUUCUUGUUCAGUGCUGGGGGCGGGUAGAAAGGGGACUUUUUCUUAAAAUGAAAAUAAUUACUGCUAUUUUAAAAUUUCCUGAUUAUUGAAUGUGAUACCCUCUAACAUGAUUUGAAAAGCUGUACACAUACAGGCAGAAUUAUUUUCCUGUUUACAUUCUUUGUUUGGGAAAAUUGGUAGGUGUCUAAUUACUGUUUACUUCAUUGUUGUAUUGCAGUAAAAGAUUUAAAACAA